GAUUGCAGAACCCCAUUCCUACUUUACAUUUUUUCCUCUGCAAAAACGUUCAUUUAAAAAAAAUGUACGCAUUUUCAUCCUCUUUUCUCUCCUCAUUUUCCCUCUCAAAUCUCCCUCUAACGCUACCACCAUCAAACUCCUCUGUCCUCCGCAUCUCCGCGGUUAGGAUCGAAGAAAAACCACCCACUUCGACUUCCACCACCACUAGAACAAGAACACCUCAACCUUCAAGAAGACAAAUCCCCUCACCACCUUAUCCCACAAAAACUAAACCCAUUUCCACAAACCCACCACCGACGCCUAAACCACCGCCGUCGCUGGCGGUCACCAUCUUCAACGCAUUCGAUGAUAUAAUCAACACUUUCAUCGACCCUCCGACCCGCCCUUCGGUCGACCCGAAGCACGUCCUCGCCGACAACUUCGCCCCGGUCGUGGACGAGCUCCCGCCGACGAAAUGCACGGUGGUUUCCGGCGGCCUCCCGCCGUGCCUCGACGGCGCGUACAUCCGCAACGGACCCAACCCCCAGUUCCUCCCACGCGGGCCCUACCACCUUUUCGACGGCGACGGCAUGCUCCACGUCAUCAGAAUCUCCGACGGCGGUGCCACCCUCUGCAGCCGCUACGUCAAAACAUACAAAUUCACGAUCGAGGAAAAAACCGGGUCCCCGGUGCUCCCGAACGUUUUCUCCGGGUUUAACGGCCUAACAGCGUCUGCGGCCCGUGGGGCCCUAUCUGCUGUUAGGACUUUAACGGGGAUGUUCGACCCGAGUAACGGAAUCGGGCAAGCGAACACGAGUUUGGCGUUUUUCGGGAAUAGUUUGUACGCGCUGGGGGAGUCGGACCUGCCGUACGCUGUUAAGUUAACGGCGGACGGGGAUGUGGUGACGCUGGGUCGAAGGGAUUUUGAGGGAAAGUUGUUUAUGAGCAUGACGGCGCAUCCGAAAGUCGAUUACGAGACGGGCGAAACUUUUGCGUUCCGGUAUGGGCCGGUUCCGCCGUUUCUGACGUUUUUCCGGUUCGACUCGGAGGGGAGGAAAGAAGCUGACGUGCCGGUUUUUUCAAUGACGACACCGUCGUUCCUGCAUGACUUCGCCAUCACCAGGAAAUACGCUGUUUUCGCCGAGAUACAAUUAGGUAUGAAUCCGAUGGAAAUGAUAUUCGGAUCCGGGUCACCGGUCGGAGCCAACUCGAGUAAGAUUCCAAGACUUGGAGUGAUUCCGCGCUACGCCAAGGACGAGUCGGAGAUGAGGUGGUUCGAGGUGCCCGGGUUCAACAUCAUACACGCUAUCAAUGCGUGGGACGAGGACGGCGGCGACACGGUGGUGAUGGUGGCUCCAAACAUUUUGUCCGUAGAGCACACACUCGAGCGCAUGGAUUUGAUCCACGCAUCGGUGGAGAGGGUCAGGAUUGACCUUAAAACAGGGUUCGUGUCGAGACACCCGGUGGCAUCGAGGAACUUGGAUUUCGCUGUGAUUAAUCCGAAGUACGUGGGGAAGAAAAACAGGUACGUAUAUGCCGCGAUUGGGGAUCCAAUGCCAAAGAUAUCAGGGGUGGUGAAGCUAGACGUAUCCAUAUCCGAAAGUGACCGCUGUGAUUGCACAGUGGCUACCCGAAUUUUCGGCCCUGGGUGUUACGGUGGGGAGCCCUUCUUCGUCGUCAAGGAGCCCAAUAACCCCAAAGCCGAAGAGGACGACGGCUACCUGGUAACUUACGUUCACAACGAAAAUACGGGAGAGUCGAGUUUUUUGGUGAUGGAUGCCAAAUCGCCAAAUCUCGAGACCGUGGCCGUCGUGAAGCUACCCCGUCGAGUACCCUACGGCUUCCACGGCCUUUUCGUGACGGAAACAGACCUCAAAAAGUUGUAAACUUAUAGUCCCAGCAACGCCCAUGACCAUGAUUUAUAUAGUAGCAAAGGAUCUAGGGUAAAUUUUUUCUGUUUUCGAUGCCAUCAUUGUAAAAGAGGUCUGCUGCUCAUUUUACGUUGGAUAAUGUCCAGGUAUACGUGUAAAUAAUACUGAACUAGCAGCAAAUCUGUGCUAUGCACGGGAAUCGCAACUCAAAAAGUUAAAUUUCAAUGUAUACUUUUAGCAAUUAAUAUUUUAGUUCUUUUAUUUUCGUA